AUGAAGAAGAACUUGAGGAACUCAAAGAGAAAUAGUGGCGGCAAUUCAAAUGCAAUAUCGAAUAAGCGAAGUAAUGAUAACGCUAGACCAAGAAAACUGCGCAAAAAAUCUAUCAAAAAAAGUGAUAAAAAGGAGGAAAAACAAGAGGAACAGAACCUUUCGAUUACUAUGGUUAACUCCGAAGAUGAAAAAGAUGAUCAUUUAGGCGGUAGCAAAUCCGACGACACCCAAUCAUUUGAUGAAGCAGAAAAUGUCGCUACCGUUCAGUCUUCAAAACCUUUUAAUAAAAGAACUCGAAGACGCCCGCCGGAGAAAUAUGCCGAAUAUGCUGCUUAUCGGGGUCACACAACCAGUUGGGCCGUAUUACCAAAAAUGGAAAAGCAACAACUUGCAGUGCGAGCAUUUGCAGAAAGCACUGAUGGCACGGUGAAAUGUCUGAAUGAAAAAUGUACAAAAGUUUUGAAGACUAAAGAAGAUAUUGUUAAUCAUGUAGAUAGAUGCCUAAAAUUACCGGAAUAUUUCAAAUAUAUAGGUAAGGCUGAUGCGUUUCGAGCGCUUGAUAAAGUCACGAAAGCGAAAAUAUUGCGGGCUUCUAUGAAUACAUUGGAAGUUUUGCCUUGUUUGAAUAUCGAAACAUUGAACUGUACACAAAAAUAUGGGCAUUGCUAUGCACUGUCAUAUCAUCUCGAAAGAUGUGGUCAAGAUAAGGAUCAGUUGCCUUGGAAAUGUUGGAAAUGCGGACUUACCGCCACCGUAGCAGAUGGUCGUGACCAUUUGGCUUUAUGUACAAAUCCCAAAACAAAAACGAAAGGAGAAAGAUCAGACGAUGAGUCAUGGUCCGAAAAUUCAGAAAUUGAUGAAUUGGAUGUGGAUAUUUCAAAAAAAUUAAAAAAAAAUAGGAAAUCUGGUAAGCAGAAAGUGGCAUCAAUAGCACGGGGAUAUUUACCGGAGAAAAGUUCACGUAUGAAAGUAGCUGAUGGAGUUAAACGAUUCAAAUUUAAAAGUGCAAAUCUUGAAGCAAAUGCUCCAACACCCCGUGAAUUAAUGCAAUACCAAGAAACGAUCGAUCGAGCCAACGAAUUGCUUAGGAUACAGAGAGAAAAGGAAUCUCUUUGCAAUGCACUCAUCCAAUUUGAACAUCAUUCAAAUAAUUUCAAACGUAUUGCACCCUGUGAUUUCAGUGACGAUUUGAAUAAUAUGCUUAAUAAGUGCUCCAUUCCUGUAAUACUUCCUUCUGGCAAUAGUAAGAAAUGGCAACCGUCAUCAUCGGAUGAAAGUCGAAAUGAAAGUGAGAAAGAUGUUGAAAAAGAUCAGAUGGUUGGUGACAAGCAAAGAUUGCCAGUUUUUGUACCCAAACCUUUACAUUGCAAGACGAGCAAGAUACAUUUUACAUUAGCCAAAAAUGAUAUACACGAAAUUGGUUGUGUCGCAUAUUGCGGGGGGCCAAUAUCAACAAUUGAAAGUUGCCCACGGAAACUGGAAGAUGGUUGUGAAUGUGUAGCUGUCACGGUUUUUUCCGAUGAAGAAUAUUUGAUUUCAAAAAAUCGGAGAAGUUGCAAUAUUGAUUAUGUUCAAUUCUGGCUGUAUGACAAUAAACCAGAAAGAAUUUCUGCAUCGUUGUGGUUUCUUCUGGAAGUGAACUGCAACACAAUACUUUGCACAGCUUGGUGUCCAUCGUUGCGAAAUUCUGUUCGACAGGACAGCAAACUGUCAAAUUUUGUUGGUAUUCUUGCAGUCGGUGGUAUGAAUGGUCCAAUUUCGCUUUAUGGAAUACGUAAUAACAUGCCCAUUCCUACAACCAAUGAUAAUGACCAACUGGUAUAUCGUUGUACUGAGCCUGAUCUGGUUCUUUGCUGUCCAGAGUGCUGUCAUAAUGCACCAACUAUUUCAAUUGCGUGGAGUGAAAAAGGCGGUUCUAACAAAUUGGCAGCUGUUUCUGCAUCAGGUCAUGUAUUAAUCUGGGAUUUGGAUGAAAGUACAUCUGCGAAAAUCAUACAUAGCGCUGAAUGGUUAUCUCCUCCUUUGAAUAUCGCUUUCUGUGGAUUGGAACAAUUAGCUGUAUCAUUCCGAGAAAAAUUAAUUAGAAUAUAUGAUUUGGUUACACUUGCAUUUGUAAUUGAGGAAAGUGCUCAAAGAACGGCUGGAAUGCAGGUUUAUUCACGAGAAGGACUUUUCAAUGGUAUAUUUAGCUAUCAACAGGAUUUUACUCUAACUGGCGUACACCUGACUUGCGGGACAUGUUAUAUUGUACUGGGCUCAUCAAAAGGAAAUUUCUUCGUGGUUCCAUUGGCUAAUAGGCAUGAAAUACAGCUUUGGGAUAUGUGUAUAUGUCCAAAAACAGGUGCAAUAAUAUCGGCUGGGGCAGAUGGUCGUCUUCAGGUUUCUCUAAAUGGGCGUUUGGCUGCUGUUGGGUCGGAGAAAGAUUUUUUAUUUAAUGCAUGUCGGGUUGUUCUGACAUUAAUAAGGAAGUCUGUAGAAAUACCGUUGGAGAAGACUAUUGAAUCACCUUUAAAUGAUGCAAUCAAUGCCGAUGAUAAUGACGAAUGUAAAAGUGAACCGAGGUUUCCUCCACCUCUGACAAAUUUACAAUUGUGUGCUGAAAAAUCGCAUCUCGAAUUUUGUUUUGAGGAUAUCAAAAUCGGUAAAACUGCCGUAUCACAGUUUAGCUUGGAUCUUCGUACGGAAUCACUAAAUCGAGUAGCCGUAAGUGAGCCAUCUGGUCAGAUGGCAAUUUGCGGCGGUGAAGCUGGCCUUUUGAUUUUCAUUCCUUGUUAUUUACGAUGA